UACUUGGACAAUUUUCCUGGAGCUGCCUGCGGACCUGCAGCCGCUAUAAAUAGCCACCCAGCCACAGAGAAGAGACAGUGAAGUUCCCGAGUUGGACCAAAAUGUUGCUGAACACUCUAGCGGUGGUUCCAGUCCUGCUGGCCCUCUGCCAGGGAUCCCUAGCCGAGAAAAUGAUGCGGCCCAAGUUCAAGGAGGUGAAGAUCUGGAGCGACGAGAAGUUCGUCAGCCACAAGGUGGUGUACGACAGCAGCGAUCCCCAUCUCAACUUCUCCAUGGAGGUGCACCAGGAGCUACAGGACGUCGACAUCCACCUGGAGGUGCGAAUCACCAAUAAGGUUGACUCGCACUACACCACCAACCUGAACACCACCCUCAACGUGUGCCGUAUUCUGGGUUUCGCGAACCAGUCCCCCGUGGGCCGCUUUGUCCACGGCUUCAUCCGGGAGUUCGGUAACAUCAUCGACAACUGUCCCAUUGCCAAAGGCUCGUACUUCAUCAACAAGUUCUGGUGGCCCGAGGAUCCAACCACCGCCAUGCUGCCCGAGCUCGAGUUCGACAUCAUCUGGCAGGCGCAUCUGCUGGACGCCGCCAAGAAGCGCACUCUGAUCAUGAACGAUCACUUCACUGGGGAGUUUAACGUUCAGGAUGUGAAUAACCUCAAGCCUGGCAUCUUUGCCAUGCUACCCAAGAUCGCCUAGGAGCGCGUUCUUGCAAUGGUCAUUCCGGGAUGACCCCUGCUUCCCCGGGAUCGUCCACACAUCGCCGCCUUCAGUAGUAGUGUCUGAUGUCUCAAUGGUACGAGUAUUUCUGUAUUUAGUGUCAC